AGCACGCACCGAGAUAGAGACAGACCACAGUCUAUGAAACACACACACACACACAAACAGCACAUGGAGAGGGGAGCUGUGUGAAUGAGUGAGUCAAUGAGUGAGUGAGAGAGCGGGGCGGACAUCAGCUGUGGAGGAGAGGACCGACAACUCUGAUUCAAAAGGAUUCAUUUUUCGCACACUUUUCCUGCGUUUGGAGUUUUUCUUCUUCGGCUGCGAUGCUUCGGGAACCAGCGGCAGUGCCCUUCAUCCUUGUCGUGGUGUAGUACCAGGCCUGAGAACGGAGCUGAACAGUCACCAGGCCUAAGGGCCACAAGACAAUUUAAAAAUGCUGGCUGCCAUCAUGCGCCAGAGCAGUGGCGGAGGAUCAGGCAGCAGCAGCAGCAGCAGUGGUGGUGGUGGAGGAACCAAACUCUCUAUAGGUAUCCCCCGCCUCUCUGGCACCAGCUUGGGCUCAUCAAGCCCUGCUAGGAUCUCUAAGAGCAGCUUGGCAAUCACAGACAGCCCGGAAAGCCCCACCUCAGACCCACACUACAUCAUGCAGCUUGUCAGUGAUGUGCGCAAGUUUGCUGAUGUGCUUCUGCAACUCAAAGAAGUUUUCAACUCCAAAGAGCACCAGGACUGCCUCCAUCAUGCCGUGCAUGAGCGACUUGGGGAGCUGCUGCGAGUCUUGAAGGCCAUAAUCAGCAAACACCAGAGCCUCAACUCGGUGGACAUCCUCAGUACAGCUGGAACCGUCAUCACCACUGUCAAAGGGGUGAACUUUAAGGAGGUGAACGAAGAGAACAAACAGGAGCUUUUCAGAGAGAUCUACACCGCUAUCGACACAUUGGCAUUCACCUUUGGCAAUGUCGUGUCUGACUUCCUUAUGGGAGAUGUAGAGAAUGGAUCAGUGUUGGGGCUCCCCCUGACUAAAAGAAGCAGGUCUUUUGAGAACCUCUCGGUGGAAUCUGGAGGAUCCGGUCCCGAGAAAGAUGAUCCGCCAGGGCCAUGUCUGUCGGUCCGGGUCGAAGACGUGGACAACACACUGCAGCAGCGCGACAGCGGGGUGGAGUCAGCGCUGCUCUACGCCAAGGCGUGGUCCAAGUACACCAAAGAGCUGCUGGCAUGGGUGGAAAAGCGUCUCAACGUGGAUAUCGAAUGUGCAAAGAGCUACGCCAAGAUGGCCGAAUCCGCCAAGACGCUUGCAAGUCAGCAGGAAUUCAUGCCAUUCCGUAAGAUCUACACGACCGCUUUCAAAAAUGACAUCGAGUACAGCCAGCUGGUACUUCAAACUGCAGCUGUGCUGCAAAGCAACAAAUUCAUGCAGCCGCUCCUGUCCAGAAAGAAUGAGCUGGACAAACUACGGAAAGAGGUCAAGGAUCAGUGGCAGAGAGAGCAAAAGAAGAUGCACGAGGCGGACAAUGCGUUGAGAAAGGCCCGACUGCUGCAGGUCCAGCGGCAGGAGGAAUAUGAGAAGGCCAAGAUUUCCACCAGCCGGCUGGAGGAGGAGCAGGUCGGAGGCGGAGCAGCGGCGGCGAAACAGUUAGAAAAGAGGCGGAGGCUGGAGGAGGAGGCCCUGCAGAAGGCGGAGGAGGCCAGAGAGCACGGCAAAGCUUGUCUGAUUGAUGUCGGAGAGAAGAGAGUGGAUCUGGCUAAAACCAAGAGUGUGAUCGUCACUCAGAUCCGAGAGAUGGUUUCACAGUGUGACCUCACUCUCAAAGCUGUGACUGUCAACUGGUUCCAGCUCCAACAAGCCCAGGUUGUCUCCCUGCCUGUCAAUCAUCAGAGUUUAUGUGAAAAUGCCAAGUUGUACGAACCUGGCCAGCGCUACAUCGACUUUGUCAGGAAUCUACCUACGGAUGGGCCUCGACUAGAGUCUCUGUCAUUUGACUCGCCUGUUACACCAAACAUAGGGUUACCUUUCAACAAGCGCUCACUCAGUGGCUGCAACUCAUCCAACAGUAACACGUCCUCUGACCUCCUGGGUGCAGAUGACGUGGACGGUGCCCAGCAUACUAAGAUCGCAGAGAGACGCUCCAACAGCAGCACAGACAUCCAAGCCCUUCGUGUUCAAGCUCCCUUUCGUCCCUGGACUUCUGCCAACCAGGGUGGAGGCAUGUGCAGUGAUUCAGAAAGUGCUGGAGGGAGCAGCGAGUCCCGGUCCAUGGACUCACCCACUGCAAGCCCAGGAGACUUUAAGAGGAGAUUACCCAGAACUCCUUCCACUGGCACUAUGUCCUCUGCUGAUGACCUGGAUGAGAGGGAGCUUCCUUCGCCCUCUGAUAAUGGACUAAGUGAUAUUGUAAUAGAGACAGCCAGCUCCCCGGGUCCUUUCAGAAACACCCAGAUGUCCAAGGCGUCGCAAACCCACAAGCUGAGGAAGCUGAGGGCGCCCUCCAAGUGUCGAGAGUGUGACGGCCUGGUGGUAUUUCAUGGAGCGGAGUGCGAGGAGUGUUCGCUGGCCUGCCACAAGAAGUGUCUGGAAACCCUGGCCAUCCAGUGUGGCCACAAGAAGCUCCAGGGCAGGCUUCACCUCUUUGGCAUCGACUUCACGCAGGCAGCUAAGAACAGCCAGGACGACAUUCCCUUCAUUAUACGGAAGUGCACCUCGGAAAUUGAGAACAGAGCGCUCAACAUUAAGGGUAUCUACCGUGUGAAUGGUGCCAAAUCACGGGUGGAGAAGUUGUGUCAGGCGUUUGAAAAUGGAAAGGACCUGGUGGAGCUCUCCGAUCUUUAUCCCCACGACAUUAGCAAUGUGCUCAAACUCUACCUAAGACAGCUUCCAGAACCGCUCAUCCUGUUCCGCUUUUACAACGACUUCAUUGGCUUGGCCAAGGAAUGCCAGAGUAUCAUUGUGGAAGAACUGGAGGCGUUGCGGCUCAAUCCAAGCCCAGUGACCCCGGCCCAGGUUAGCGUGGAGCUCAACCGGGUCCUCUUCAAGAUCAAGGACCUGCUGAGGCAGCUGCCUCUAGCUCAUUACAGGACCCUGCAGUUCUUAAUAGAGCAUCUGCACCGGGUGACAGAACGGUCAGAGGAGAAUAAAAUGACGGCCAGCAACCUGGGUAUCAUCUUCGGCCCAACGCUGAUCAAACCGAGGCAGGGGGAUGCUGAAGUUUCCCUCUCUUCUCUGGUGGAUUACCCAUAUCAGGCACUCACUGUGGAACUCUUGAUCAGACACUAUCAGAUGGUGUUCGACACCCCCCUCAGUCCCUUAAGUGCCAACUCGCCUACAGAGGUGGAUUCACACACCCGCUCUGAAACCUGCUUCACCUAUCAGGAGAAGGAGCAGCUAAGCAGGCACUCCAAGUCGCUGGGAGACAUCAAGGAGGCCUCUAAGGUGUACAAGAGGCAUUCCUCUGUUACUCCUUCUUCCCACAUACUGGCGGAGGUUGAGGAGACCACGCCAAGCUUCCGUGGAAGUGAUUUUGAACCCGCCGAUGAAGAGGAUUCAAUGGUCCUCAAUGGGGUCCUAUCAUCUGAUGGGCCUAAACCUGGCGAGAGAGGACUCUGUCGUUCGCAGCAUAUCACCAUUACGAGUGUCCAGCUUCGACACCCUCGCAACAAAAUGUACUCCCGGCCAGUAAGCUUGCCGGCCGAGCGGAUACACGGUCGAGGCAAAGUGGACGAGAAUAACACUUGGAACAACGCUGACCAAGGCUUCAGGAAAGGAAGCAGUUUUGAUGAGUCCAUCCAAGAGGUGGAUGAAACUGAGAAUGCAAAACUGCACGUGGCCACACACCACCGCAGGACAUUUAUUGACACCCAGACGUUACGCAGAACUUGGGACAAACAAUACAAACACGAUGUUGCCUCUAGGACUGUGAGAAUCAUGGCUAGUUCACCCACAGAAAGCACAGCGGUAGAUGUCCCCACCAACUUAUCAACUUCUGUGCCAUCGGGCUUCUCUCUUGGAACUUCUGAGGACUCUAUUAGCACCGUCUAUCCCAAUAGACCAUAUACGGUCGCAGUGCGACCCAGCAGAACUUUAAGAAGGGAGGACAAUGUUACCAAGUUCGGCACUGUCUCGACAGCUUUCCGGGCUCCCAGAACUCUCCAGCCUCCCCCAGGAACCUUCUACAAGCCACCAUCAGGGAGCAAAGCCAAAGCACUGCAGAGCUGUGCAUCAGCUAACAGUGCUGAGGAAGAAGAUGAAGAAGAGGAGGAUGACGACGAGGAGGAGGGUGAGGAGCUGACGAUCGAUCUAGAAGUGUCUGUAGAUGAGCCUCUUGAGGUGGACAUUGAGGCCGAGCAGGAGGCAUCGUCUCAGUCGUCCAGCUCUAGCCCUGAGCAAAUGGGCCAAAACCAGGCCAAACCGGUUUACCAAAGACUACGGUCCAGACACCUCCAGGAGGUAGAACACAGAGAAGCACAUUUUGUGUGAUCCAAGAAAUGUCCUCACAUUUGAAGUGUGUCUCAUAUUCUGCUGGAGAGUAAAAGAAACAUCGUUGUUGACACUGCAAAGACGAUUCCCACAUGUGAUGGUUUGUGGUUACAGUGAGGAGAAUCAAAUGUACCUUUGGUCCUGAGAAGACAAAACGGGAUGCACUUAAAAUGCUGUAUAUAUUUGAAAUGAUUUCGUAAAUAUUUCAUUCACCAAUCACCAAUUUACCAGUACACCCUGGCACUCUUUCAGAAUAUUUAUAUUUUUUAAACUGUGCAAUUACAUUUUAUUUUAAUAUUUUGUAUAAAGUUCUUACACUCUAUUUUAUGUUUAUAUACCAAAAACUGUUUGAUGCUUAAGAAAUAGUGCGUGUAGUCAUGGCAAUGGAAAUAAAAAAGGUUGGGUGCACUUACCUGACAUCAAUUCUCUUCCACUUAAGUCUUGUUUCUAUCCACUGCGAGUCAGAAUGUUUUAAACUGUUACAUUUAGGGCAUAGAUUAUCAUUUUGCUGUUCAUUUGUGUCUAAAUCAAUACUCUAAAUUGACCCUCGUCACCUGCUGUACUGGUAAGGUUGCAAAGCACCAGUUGCAAAAGUGGUGCAUUCACUUUAUACUAUUGAAUUUGUAUGGUAUCAAAUUAUCCUGAAAAAAAGGUUGUUUUGAAAACCCCUGGCAUUACCUUUGUUAUUUUACUUUAAAAACAAUUGUUUUAAAUAGCCAAAGUCUUCUUUUUCUUAUAUUUUCUAAAUUGUAAUUAUUUUUUCAGUAACCUAAAUCUUGCAGGUUCUUUGUAAUUAAUAGUCAAUACAUCAUUUAUUUAAAAUGUGUCUGUUUUUCACGAUAAGGUUGACAGAAUGUUGGAAAGGUCAAUGUAAAGAAAACAAAA